AUUUGAAAAGUGAACUAACAACACUCAAGCCCAUUUCUCGGUCUCUCAUAUCAACACUUCUCUCCUACAACAUCCAAAAUUCCCCCCAAAUUUAUCAUUUUUCUGCGCUUUUUUUUUCGUGUCGGAGAGAGAUUUUUCCUGAUUAAAAUUCUUGCCACAGAGUGAAGAAAUCGAGGAAAGGAUUAAUCCAAUUCGAAUUCCAAUUCAAUCGCCGAAUUUAUGUGGUAAGGAUUUUAUUUUCGGAGAGAGAAGCGGAAAGUUCAAUAGUAGGAAAUGCAAUUAGGGUUUUUGCGGAGAUUUCAGCUAUUACAUUUCUAUUAUUUUAGCUAAUGACUCAAAAUUUUCCAUUUUGUUAGUGGGAAUUUGUUAAUUAUGGAACUUUUACUUGAUUCUAGAGCAGCAAUUAGCUGUUCUAGAGCUAUUGUUAAUUGUAGCAGCUCUAAAUCAAUGCUUUUAGCUGCUUGUAACAACAAUUUUCGUGUUCCGGUGAAGAUUUCGCCGAAUAAAGCGCCUUUGAAGUAUGUGUAUAAAACCCUUAUGGCAUUCCCAGUUGCUGAUAGUGGUAAUAAUAGAUGUUUCAAGUGCUUAAGUUAUAGAAAUAAUGGAAGAUUGAUUGCUAAUGACCCGAUACUUGAGGGGAGACGAGAGAAUUUUGAGUCUAUGAAGGUAUUGCUUAAGAAUGGGAUGUUUUUGGCUGCAAUUGUUUGUGGGGCUUUCCUGUUUGAGUGUCGAAGGGUAAUGGCGGCCGAAGGGGUGGUUAAUGCAGGGUAUGGGGUUAUUGGGCAGAGCAUAUUGCUGCUUAAGAGUGCGUGGCCGAAGACAUUGCAGGUUCUUAUGGUGUUCAAGGAGCAGGGAUUGAUCCUUGCCGCACUUUUGAGUCUUUCGGCUUUCUUCUCCAUGGCUGAGACCUCAAUCACCACUCUAUGGCCGUGGAAGGUGCGUGAAUUAGCUGAAAAAGAACCUGAUAAUGGUCUCUUCAGAAUGCUUCGGAGUGAUGUUACUCGAUUUCUCACAACUAUUCUCAUUGGUACAACUGUCGUUAAUAUCGCGGCAACUGCAUUAGUUACUGAUGCUGCAACAGCAAUAUUUGGUGAAGCUGGGGUCAGUGCAGCAACUGGAGUGAUGACUGUUGCCAUCUUGCUUCUUACUGAGAUUACCCCUAAGAGCAUAGCUGUACAUCAUGCCACAGAGGUUGCUAGAUUUGUGGUCAGACCAGUGGCCUGGCUUUCAUUGGUGCUGUAUCCAGUGGGAAGAGUCGUCACUUUCUUAUCAAUGGGAAUUCUGAAAAUGCUUGGAUUAAAAGGAAGAAGUGAACCAUAUGUUACCGAGGAAGAGCUGAAGCUGAUGCUGCGAGGAGCAGAAUUAAGUGGAGCAAUAGAAGAGGAAGAACAGGACAUGAUUGAAAAUGUGCUGGAGAUCAAAGAUACUCAUGUUAGAGAGGUUAUGACACCACUUGUUGAUGUUGUUGCCAUUGAUGCUAGUGCAUCAUUGAUAGACUUCCAUAGUUUAUGGGUGAAGCAUCAGUACUCGAGGGUGCCUGUAUUUGAACAGCGUGUUGAUAACAUAGUUGGUAUAGCAUAUGCAAUGGAUAUGCUGGAUUAUGUUCAGAAGGGGGAGUUACUGGAAAGCUCUACUGUUGGAGAUAUGGCACACAAGCCAGCUUACUUUGUUCCCGAUUCUAUGUCUGUAUGGAAUCUUCUUCGAGAGUUUCGAAUUAGAAAAGUCCACAUGGCCAUUGUCCUUAAUGAAUAUGGAGGAACUGUAGGGUUAGUGACUUUGGAAGAUGUUGUUGAAGAAAUUGUUGGUGAAAUUUAUGAUGAGAAUGAUUCAAAGGAAGAAAUUCAGAAGAAAACAGGCUACAUUGUGAUGCGAGCUGACGGGAUUUAUGAUGUGGAUGCUAAUACCACAAUUGAUCAGCUUUCUGAAGAGUUGAGCAUCAAAAUGCCUGAGGGUCACCAAUAUGAGACAGUUUCUGGUUUUGUUUGCGAGGCAUUUGGAUAUAUCCCAAGAACAGGCGAGAGUAUGAAGGUGGUUCUUGAGAGGGAUAAUGAAGAAGAGGAGGAUAAGUACAAGGAAGAAGAAUCCGAACGCCAAGAAAACAAGGAAAAGUCUCAGAUUUUCAAAGUAGAGAUACUAGCUGGUGAUGCAAGAAAAGUCAGUGCUGUUCGUUUUGAAAAGGUGGAACACGAUGACACAGUACUAGGAGCAAACGGAGUUGCUCCGUCUUUCCCUAAAAUCAUGAAGAGGAAUCGACCUAGAGAUGAAGACUUCGAUAGGUCUUACAAUCAUGAGAACCAGGCAGAUGUCUUGGAUCUGUCCCUUGAUGAGGAUGGAUUUGGGAAGGAUAGUGACGGCAGCUCUGGCAAUGGCAUAGUUGUGGAUCAUCUUGAUAGUCUUGAUUAAGGUGGCCAGUACCUAGGCCUGGUUAGGCCUACCUCUGAAUAGAUCGGCUCUAGACCUGACCAGGCCAUGCCGUGGGUUGUUUGAGGCCAGGGCUAGCCUGAACCAGAACUGUUCUGGAUUAAAUCGAGUGAACCUAGCUUGUCCUGGCCUGGUUCGAAGGCAAUGUUGGAAUCGACCUGUAACAGUGAAUCGGCCACUGGCCCCCUUUAGAAUUCAGUAUGAUUAUAGACAGUAGACAGUCAAUUUUUUAUAUCAUCCAUAUUCUUUUUGUUAUAUGUAACUGUAAUUUUGAACCUGCAAAAAUUGUAAGGUUGUUUAUUUUAGGGGUGUGGUGAUGGUUGUGUUGGGCAUGUUAAAGGGGAAUAAAGCCAAACCCAAAAUAUCAGGAUUGUACAUUUGCCUGUAUAUGUCAUGUCCGAUAAGCUUUGUGUA